UUUGGGAAGCCUAAUCCGAACACUGGAGGGGUGUAAAACACCUUUCAUCUAUAAAGACAAUGAAAGAGAAGUCGAAAAAUGCCGCCCGGACUCGACGGGAAAAAGAAAACAGUGAGUUCUAUGAGCUGGCAAAACUCUUACCGCUCCCCUCAGCCAUCACAUCUCAGCUCGAUAAAGCUUCUAUAAUUCGCCUGACAACGAGUUACUUGAAAAUGAGAAUUGUUUUUCCUGAAGGUCUAGGGGAUUCGUGGGGGCACGUCAGCAGAGCCAGCUCUCUGGAUAGUGUCGGGCGCGAGUUGGGAUCACAUCUUCUUCAGACUUUGGACGGAUUCAUUUUUGUGGUCGCACCGGAUGGAAAGAUCAUGUACAUUUCUGAAACGGCUUCUGUGCACUUAGGACUGUCACAGGUAGAGCUGACGGGAAACAGCAUUUACGAGUACAUUCAUCCUGCUGAUCAUGAUGAAAUGACAGCGGUGCUCACUGCACACCAACCGUACCAUUCACACUUUGUUCAAGAGUAUGAGAUGGAGCGGUCUUUCUUUUUGAGAAUGAAAUGCGUCCUUGCAAAGAGAAAUGCAGGUCUGACCUGUGGUGGUUAUAAGGUAAUCCAUUGUAGUGGCUACCUAAAGAUUCGCCAGUACAGUCUAGACAUGUCACCGUUUGAUGGCUGCUACCAGAACGUAGGACUGGUAGCUGUGGGCCACUCGCUGCCCCCCAGCGCAGUGACUGAGAUCAAACUCCACAGUAACAUGUUUAUGUUUAGAGCCAGCCUGGACAUGAAGCUUAUCUUCCUGGACUCCAGGGUGGCGGAGCUUACUGGCUAUGAGCCACAGGACUUAAUAGAGAAGACUCUUUACCACCAUGUCCACAGCUGUGACACCUUCCACCUACGCUGUGCACACCACUUGUUGUUGGUGAAGGGACAGGUAACUACAAAGUACUACAGGUUUCUUGCUAAGGAGGGUGGCUGGGUGUGGGUGCAGAGCUAUGCAACCAUCGUGCACAACAGCAGGUCCUCCAGGCCUCACUGUAUUGUCAGUGUUAACUAUGUCCUCACGGAAACAGAGUAUAAGGGUCUACAGCUGUCCUUAGACCAAGUGACAUCCACAAAGCCUGCCUUCACCUACAACAGUCCCUCUAACCCUACCAGCGACAACAGGAAAGGCAGCAAGAGCAGAGUGUCCCGCCCCAAACCCAAAACACGCCUCUCCCCCUACUCAAAUUACCCAGGGUUCCACACAGAGCGCUCUGAAUCAGAUCAAGACAGCAGCCCCUGGGGUGGGAGUCCUUUGACUGACUCUGCCUCUCCUCAGCUAUUGGAGCAGAAUGAAAGCAUGGAUGCCUCCUGUGUCUACCGCCAGUUCCCAGAGCCACGCCCCUUGUGCUAUAGCCUGCCUCUCUCGGAGGAACACCAAGCCUCUGGUGACCAUCAGAGCCACAUCCACACCCAGGCCUGUGAAAGGGGGCGUUGUGAGGCUGGGAGGUACUUCCUAGGUACCCCCCAGCCCGGGCGAGAGGCAUGGUGGGGUGCGGCUCGCACUGUCCUGCCCUUACCCAAGUCCCCCCCCGAGAAUGAAGAUGGAUAUGAGGGUGUGAUGCCCCACAUCACCUCCAUCCACAGCCUACAUGUGAGGGGCCACUGGGACGAGGACAGCGUGGUCAGCUCUCCAGAUGGUGGCUCAGCUAGUGAUUCAGGGGACCGAUACCGAGGUGACCACUUCCGUUCAAGUCCUCAGGAGCCCAGCAAAAUUGAGACCCUGAUCCGGGCAACGCAACAGAUGAUAAAGGAGGAGGAGAGCCGUCUACAGCUGAGGAAAAGUGGUGUUGAGGUGCCUCUGGGCCCCACUAAUGGCCUGGCCAAGAGUCACAGCUCCUGCUUCGGCACUGAGUUCCCCCAGUCAGUUCUGCAAGGUGCAGCAUGCCGAGGGACGGCUCAGGUGAUAAGCCCCGCCCCCAGCCCCACCCCCCUGCCCCGCCUCAGCAGCCCUGGUUCUGAGCGGCUGGCCAAAGCCAAAGACUUCCUGCAGACUGAGCUCUCUUCUCCACAGCAGCAGGUGGCCCUUGCUGGCUCUUGUGCUGUGUCCCCCACCCCUGCGCUCUACCCCUCCCACCCACGCCAGUACCUGGACAAACAUGCUGCCUAUUCCCUCACAGGCUAUGCGCUGGAGCACCUCUAUGAGGCAGACAGCUUCAGAGGAUACCCGCUGGGCUGUGCGGGCUCCUCCCACUAUGACGUGGCCUCUCACCUGCGCAUGCAGGCAGAGCAGCCCCCCAGCCAUAAAGGAACCUCUGUCAUCAUCUCUAAUGGCAGCUGACGCUUAGCAACACACUCGCCAAGACUGGGGUCACCCCGACUGGCUUUUAUUCCCAAAGGGACAAAACACUAAAUUUUGUUUGUUUGUCUGAGAUCUUUUAUGUUACUAUUUGCAUUGAUUCUAGAUUUCAGCAUUGAGGAAACCUUAUUCAUCCAUUAAAAAGACAGAUGGCUCAGAUGAACUAAUAUUUGAAAUAGUCAUUAUUUUACAUGCGCAUAACCACCAAGGAAAUCUGGUUGAUUGCAUUUUUAUGUCAUCAAUUAGACUUCAGUUGGAAGAGAAAGGGAUUGGUUAAACAGUGAAAGUGAGAUUAUACAAAUGACCUAUAGAAGCAGAAGAGAAAACCAUAAUUGUUAGUUAUUGAUGAAUGUGAGCUGAGAUUAUCCACACAAAAAUGUCAGUGCAUUCACCAUGUCUUUACAGUCAGUGUUGCUAUCGCAUUUGGUACUUGAUUUUUUGAGUUAUGCAUUUAAGUACUCCCAUGUUCCUGUCUUUGUGUCUUAUUUACUUAUUCUGCCUGAGAAAUGCAAAAAAUAUGUCAGCAUUUGAAUUCAAGCCAUUUUCCCUGUAUAAAGGAAAAAUGAUGAAACAUGAAAAUUUUUAAUGUUGCACAAAUAUGUGUGAUGUGUUUUACCAACCAGGCAGCAUUAAUAGACCAAGGAGUAAACAAUCUUACAAUAAUUAAUUGUUUUAGGAUGAUGGCUUCUAUCUAUGAAUUUGACAGGAAACUUGACUCAUCUAAUCAGAAUGAUAGAUGACUGGGACAUUAAUCCAAAGUAUUUGGCCACUUCAAGUUGCAAAAUAUUCACUGGAAUAUUAAUAUAGUUCACUAUUUGGAGAAUAUUUCUACAGUGUUUGUCCUGUAGCAACAAAUUUUUUUUUUUUUUUUUUUACAAAUGCUUUGCAACUUUACCCCAGACCAAGCCACUCAAAUUUAACUCAUUCUCUGGAACUCUAGCAGGACAGCCAGGAUUAUGCAAUUGUAAUGACAUUUGUUUUAAUGUCAAACACAUGGCAUGGUGGAGGAAAUGAUGUACACACUCAUGGUUUUCAGUUAGUUGGGAUGCCUUCGCAUGUUGUAACUAGCCAGGCCAUUCCAAAGAGAUUGACUGUGGUCCAGUGAAAGUUGGAGGAGAGGAAGACAGAGGGAGGAGGGUGGAGGUGUGACAGUAGGCGUAAC